AUGGGCGUCUCGUUCAGUCAACCAGCGGAAAUCACUGUGUCAAACGCCACCCUGUGGCCUUUCCAUGAUGUGGCGUUACAUCUAUUCGAAAACCUCGGCAAUGAUGGAAAGGACUCAAAGUGGAGGGCCAUCGUCGUUCUAGAGCAUUGGCGAAGUACCUCGAAACUCAUGCGCGAAGGCUUUCACUUAUCACCAACUUUCGAGGUCAAGAAGACGGGAUGCAUGCUUCCCGACCAAGUUCCGGAACUCUUCAAAUCUCAAUGGAAACAUUCACGACGUUUUAUCCUCAAAGAACCCAAGUCGAAGUGGAUGGCACACGUCUUCGUCAUGUCACAAGACCUCGGUACUCUGUCGAACUUUCGAUUGGAUGAUUUGACGAAGGACCGGAUCGGGCUCUGUCGGGCCUUGAACGACAACCGUAUUUCUGUAUACAAUUACAACUUUUGGAAGCCGGAGGAAAACUACAACACCCUGCAUGAGAACCUGACGCUGGGGGGAUGGUGGCCUUGGUCUCGCGGAAGUGACAAGGAAGCGAAGGUUGAGAGUCACAGCGAGGCUUCUUUCGAUAAGGAAAGCUUUGAAUCUAAGCAAUUCUGA